GCAUCGAGCCAGACCGGAUCCUUCAUGAGGGAAGAGGCCAGGGACAGCCAACCAACCCCGGCUUCUCCUCUCUUCACUAAUAAUAUUCUGUAUUGCAAGCUACGGAGCCCGAGCAGGGGGCUACGCUACUGUUCGUAGGAUGUCCCGCCAUGAAGGCGUAAGCUGCGAUGCAUGUUUAAAAGGCAACUUCAGAGGUCGACGAUACAAAUGUUUAAUCUGCUAUGACUACGAUCUGUGCGCAUCGUGCUACGAGAGCGGUGCGACCACAACCAGACACACCACAGAGCAUCCCAUGCAGUGUAUAUUAACCCGAGUUGACUUUGACCUGUACUACGGUGGAGAGGCGUUCUCAGUGGAGCAGCCCCAGGCCUUCACAUGUCCCUACUGUGGCAGGAUGGGCUACACAGAGAUCUCCCUGCAGGAGCACGUGGCUGCGGAGCACACAGAGACCUCCACAGAAGUGAUCUGCCCCAUAUGUGCAGCGCUGCCAGGUGGCGACCCGAAUCACGUGACGGAUGACUUUGCUGCACAUCUCACACUCGAACACAGAGCGCCCAGAGACUUGGAUGAGUCCAGUGGGGUGCGGCACGUGAGGCGGAUGUUCCACCCUGGCCGCGGGCUGGGGGGUCCCCGAGCCCGCAGGUCCAACAUGCACUUCACCAGCAGCACCACGGGGGGGCUCUCCACCAGCCAGAGCUCCUCACAGAGCUCCAACUACAGCAGAGAGGCCAUGGACCCCAUAGCAGAGCUUCUGUCCCAGUUGUCGGGGGUGCGGCGCUCGGCCGGGGGGCAGCUCAGCUCGGGCCCCUCAGCCUCUCAGCUCCAGCAGCUCCAGAUGCAGCUGCAGCUGGAGCGGCAGCAGGCCCAAGCCGCGAGGCAGCAGCUGGAGACGGCCCGGAACGCCACCCGGGGGGUGGGCCGCGCCAACGCUAUCCUCAACAGCAACUCAGCCGCAGCUAACCCCAACCCCAGCGCCAACCACAACUCCAACCCCAGCCCCAACCCGGGACCCCCGGAGUCCAACACACAGCACCCUGCACAUAGCUCCCAGUUCCUACUCAGCAGGCUGAGCGAACCGCGGCUCUCUGAGGCGGAGCGGCAGGCGUGCGAGGCGCAGUGGGCCGACCGCAGCCUGUUCGUGACGGAGCUGCUGCUGUCCACGCUGCUGCCCGACGACGACGCCUCAGCCUCCUCCUCCGACGAGGACGACUGUCACGGCUCGUUGCGGAAUUUCGCUGACUUCGAGGCCAUGGGCUGUGUAGAGGUCAUGACCUUGGACGUGGCGCUGGAGAACCUCAACCUCAAGGAAAUGACCCCGGCUACCAAGACGACGAAAACAACGUCUAAAACAGCGCCAACCAAGAAAGAGCCCCCCGCACCGCCCCUUUGAUGACACGGCCCCCCCCUCACCUCAAACCACCAUUGUACGUGGCUGACUGCCGAGUCGGUCCGACUGCCAAUGGAUGACAAAAAAGACUGCAGUUCUUUUUGGCUUUGUUUUAAUUAUUUUCUUUCUCAGUGAUUGUCAUUUCAGCUCUGUCGCGCCCCACUCCACCCCAUGCUUAUUACGUUGUGUACAUUGAAUAAAAGUAGUGAGACGAGAGAAUGUGAAAGCAAGCAAGCGUGGUGGGUGCGUGAGAGAAAGAAAAAUAACUAUAUAAAUAUAUUAUAGAAAAAUCUAUAUGAAAGCUGAUAAUCAAUUCCACAUAACCCUGUGUUUCCUCUAGCGGACGAGCGUAGUGUAGAGAGACGAACACCUCACACACUCACCCAGGGAGAGGCACACAGUCCUCUCCGGUAAAAGCGCUGCUGUGUAUUUAUAGUUAUUAAUUAAAGAAGUGCUUGGAUGGUUUACCACAACUCAAGAAUGAGCUUAAAUCACCAUGUGCCCAUUUUGAACUGCACAGUCACGAGGAGGGGUCUUUCUCUUUGGUUCAGACACCUGAGUAACUGUAAAGAACGGUGCUGAGUGCCACACCAUGGCGUUUCUGCACCACACACACACACACACACUGAUGGCAGCGUUUUGGUACAUUCAUGUCCAGUCUCAACCCCCUUUCCCUUCCCCUGUGUGUCAUCACCUGUUUUGGGUCAUGUGACCUUGCUUUAUAUCGACUGUGGGCACUUUGGUUUUGAAUUACAUAUCCAGUGUCCAUUGGUGUACACUACAGAUGCUCUAAAGGCGAUACACAACUCGGAGGCAAACCGAUGAAGCUCCCCAGUGUGACCGUUUUCAGGCCUUUUCUAACAUGGAAGAAACACAACCUGGUCUUCAAACUGUUGUUGUGUUCCCCCCCCCCCCCCCCCCCCCCCUCCUCUCUCUUUUAUGGAAGACCAGACCCUACUUUCUUUCUUCAAGCUCCCCGUGAUCUGAAAGGAAUCUUCUCUCCAUUACUCAUGAAUGCAAAGAUUACUCAUCAUGUGACUUGAAGGAGAGGAUCCUGCGUUGCUCUUUCCAAUCGUUUCUCAGUCAGAAAGAUCUGUGUAUGCCUCGCUGCUACCUGAAGAGAUGCAAUGUAUGAUUUUUGGCUCAGCGAACCAGGCCAAACCACAGGGUAAACCUUUCAGUUCGGAGGACAAUAAAAUGUUUUGGAUGGAAAUGAACUAACCCAAUACUGCGCUCUGGUUUGUGUUUUACUUUCUUUUUCUCAUUUGCUAACUUCUUGGUGAGCAUGUACAGUAUAUGGUAAAAAUAAACACCUAUCUUACAGGUCAAGUUUAAUCUCAA